AUGAAUCUUGCAGAGUCAAGAAGAGAUGCCAUUACAUCCGCCAUUGCCGACGAAACAGAGAAACUGCGCGAAACAUGGAACAAGUUCCAGCAAUUCAGCAAACCAGAAGAUCACCUAGAUCUAAACACCACAAACCCGAAUAUGGAAGGCAUCACGAAACUCAUCAGCCAGGAAAUGCACAUUUGGAAUGACAAGCGGAAAUCAGGCCGCCAAGGAACUGUGUCUAAGAAAUUCCACAAGUUUUGCGAUGCUAUAAACUCACACAAGUCGCUGAUGAAGGUUCUUCCCGAGUCGCAUGAAUACUUUUCGAUAUUCAUGGGAAGCACUACAGCGAUAGUCCAGGCCAGUGUGAACCAUGAAACCGUGAUUGAAAGUUUAGCGGAAGCCCUCGAAGAAAUGACAGAUCUUGUGAAAGAUGCCGAGCGGGAUUGGAUGCUGGUUUCCAGUGAUGAGAUGACAAGCAGAGUUGUUGAUCUAUAUACAGGCAUCUUUCAGUUUCUGAACCACGCUAUGGAAUGGAUGAUGAGAUCUAGGAGCAAAAGGGCUGCCGACGCUUUCAAUGAGAACCUAGCUAAUAUUUUCCAAAACGAUAUUAGUGGAGUGAAGUCAAAGUUCGAACGCAUUCGAUUAUUUGCAACACAGAGUGGUCUGGCAGAUGGAAGAAUAACACGCCAUCGCGUUGAGGGUAUCAGCAGUGGAGUGGAUGGUUUGAGAGAAGAUAACGUCAGGAUGGAGCAUAUGAUCAAAGAAAUGAAGGAGUCAUAUAAGCAGCUGGCCCAAUUGUGCCAGCAACAACUUCUGAUACCACAAGCUCAAGCUUUUAUCAACGAUCGGCGUUUAUUGGUAGAGGCCAAGGAAAGGAGGCUAUCAUGGCAAUCGACGGCUUCUUCAAUAUUUUCUGUCGAAGACAUCACAGAAGAGAAACCCAGUCACAUCACAGAACCCGUCAACCUAAGCCAAGCUAUCCAAAUACUAGAGAAAUCCUUCGACACCCAACGAGUAACACUUUCCCCACAAGGAUUCCAUUUAGGUCUUGUUACACCUCAGAUGGUGCAGCGCCUAAUUGGAUGGCUUCAAGACGAUGCGGGAGGAACUUCACUGUUAUGGAUUCAAGGACCAACCACCUUGUCUGAGGAUCAGGAGAAUCCCACGUCGAUGCUGGCAGCCAAAUUUAUUCAGAUGAGCGCCGAGAUAAAAUCACGGAAUGGGAAACCAAUACCUUCGAUAUCGUACUUUUCCAAUAUUAGCCGCAAGAAACCUCGAGACGGCAAUAGUUCGAGAGAGGCCCAAGGCGCGGUGGCUCUAAUUUAUGCACUGCUCCAACAGCUUCUUACUGAUAUGGACCUACCUCAGAUGACAGAUGCAAGAGUAAAUUAUGCCAUCGAUCAAAUACGGAACAAGAUCUCUGAAUUGGAUGGAACGACGCGAACAUGGAACCAAGCGCUUUCUGCUUUGACAACAGCCGUUGAGCUCUCGGCCCCGGGCAUGUUGUGCGUGAUCGAUGGAAUGCAUUGGCUCGAUUCUCGAGACACAGAAAAGCUCUUAUGUGAGCUUGUCCAAUGUCUUCGAAAAAGUGGAUUCAAGGUGCUAUUCACAACGAGUGCGAGAUGUGCUGCGCUUUCGAAGGAAAUAUCUCGUGAGGAACAUGUUCAGGUGGAUGAGUCUUACUAA